GAUAUGCAUCCGAAAAUGAUUUUAAACGCGUGUUUACCACUGUUGCUUGCUCCAAAUUUUCGCUUCUAAACGUUUGAUAAUAACACAUUUUUUAAAGAACCGUUAAAAGCUAUGUACAUCAUGUAUUUGUAUUUAUUUUCGUAAAGCUAACCACCUUAGCUAGGCGGCUAGCUAGCUCGUUAGCAUCGGUGCUAAAUGAGCGAUUAUUGUUGUUAAAAUGGUGCAGAACAUGUUCCGGACCGGUUUUCUGGUUCGGGCCACACACACCCUGCUAACCUGGGUCAUAACCGUCGUGCUGUUUCUGCACAACACCGAUUUGCGGAGAUGUGAGGAGCGAGGAGAGUUGCUGCUGCCGGCUCUGUUCUGCCUGCUGGUCGUCCUGUCGGUGCUGUUGUACUUUGCAGUUUCGUUAAUGGAUCCUGGCUUCGUUCUCACUGACACCGUCAAAGGCGUUCAGGGUUCGAAUGAAGAAAUGGAGUCCAUGAUUCCUCAGUCGUCGACCCCCCGGCUGCGGCGCUGUGGAUACUGUCUGCUGCAGCAGCCAAUGAGAGCGAAGCACUGCCAGACGUGCAAACGCUGCGUCCGGCGCUUCGACCACCACUGUCCGUGGAUCGAGAACUGUGUCGGCGAACGGAACCACCGCUGGUUCAUCGUCUACCUGCUGGUGCAGCUGCUCGCUCUGCUGUGGGCGCUUCACAUCGCCCUCUCGGGCAUUUCCACCAGCAUCACCUGGGAGCUGUGGUUCAGGGCGAAUGGGUUCCUGCUGGCAGCACUGGCCGUGGUCGCCAUUUUCUCCGUGGUGGUGGUGCUGCUGCUGGGCUGCCACCUCUACCUGGUCUCCAUCAACUCCACCACCUGGGAGUUCAUGUCGCGCCACCGGAUCUCGUACCUGAAGAGCUUCAAGGAUGAGGAGAACCCGUUCGACCGCGGUGUCUUCUGCAACCUGUGGGAUUUCUUCUGCAUCUGCAGGACGGUGGUUUGGGAGCAGGUGUACCAGAGGAACAGCCCGAACCCUGUCUGACCUUAGAACCUUGGUUUUUUUUUUCAUUUUAACAUCCACUUUGGGCCAAAUAGUGGUGGAAACGUGGCUGAUAGUGGAGCAACCAAACACUGAUGCACCUGAGUUUACAUGUUUGUGAUUUAGGAAUCAAAACCAAGCUCAGCAAAAAAAAAGUAUUUUGUUCAUUUUAGACCUGGGAAUUUUUGUAUUUUCACCCUUCUGUUAUUUUCCUUUACCUGGAAAGCCAUUUUAAGGGUUCCAAAUCUCCAGACAUAGAGUGCCUAUGAAGAGUAUUCACCCUCUUUUGGAAGUUUUCCCCUUGUUUUGCGAUUCAGAACUAAAUUACUCCUUCAUGUCAAAGUGAUGAACAAGUUUCUACAAAGUAAUGUCAAUUAAUGAAA